AUGCGAAAUGCCGCGAGGCCAGGCGCACAAGCAUUACCGUUGAACCAGGUUAUCGGUGAUAUGACCAAGAUCAUGUCUCAUCGAAUAGCAAUGGACCACCCAAGAUUUUUUGGCUUCAUUCCUUCUCCGGUCGACGAAAACUCAUUUCUAGGAAGCAUGCUCACUACCAUGUAUAAUGUUGGCGCUGGUAGCUGGUAUCAGAGCUCUGGCGCCAGCACCGUGGAAGAUUCUCUCAUCAAGUGGUUCGCUGAGCAAGCUGGGCUUCCACCAUCAUCCGGCGGCAUUUUUGUGUCUGGAGGCUCAGUAGCCAAUUUGACGGCUGUUGUAACCGCACGCGAUGCCAAGUUGCAAUUCGAACAGAGGCCAAAGGCAGUGAUUUACAUGUCUGAGCAAACACAUUCUUCCAUGGCAAAGGGCAUAGUCGUGGCAGGCUUUCACCGGAACCAGAUCCGUCGUGUGCAAUGCGACUCGAGUUACCGGAUAAAGCCUUCGAGUCUUAGGCAGCAAAUCGAAAGCGACAGAAAGAAUGGCUUGAUACCAUUUAUGAUUGCGGCAACUUGUGGUCUUACCAACACCGGGGGCAUAGACGACUUGAACGCGCUCGCUGACAUAACCGAGUCCGAAAACCUGUGGCUUCACGUCGAUGGCGCAUAUGGAGCAUCCAUACUUCUCUCAAAGACACACAAACAUUGUGCUGAUGGCAUUGGUCGCGCGGAUAGCUUAACAUGGGACGCUCACAAGUGGCUGUUCCAAGUGUACGAUUGCGGCCUGAUACUCGUUCGAGACAAGCGCAACCUAAUCGAAAGUUUCGCGACGGGUGCCUCAUAUAUCCGAGAUGCUGAUGAAGCCUCAUCAGAAAAGGUUAACUUUUGGAAUCGAGGCAUCGAGAUGUCUCGGCCUGCGCGGGGCAUGAAGCUCUGGUUUACCCUUCAGAGGCUGGGCCUUGACAAGGUCAGCGAUAUGAUUGACCACGGAGUCGACCUCGCAGAAUUCGCCGAACUGGUAUUCCGAGGUUUCGAAAAUUGGGAGAUUCUCUCACCAGCCCAGCUGGGAAUACUCAAUUUUCGUUAUGUUCCGCCCAUUUCUCAGCCUCUGGCGGUGGAACGGAAUAUUGCAGCACCUCUAACAACAAGGAUCACCAAAGUCUUGAAUUUGCGAAUGUGCACUGUCUCACCUCAUUUGAGUAGGGAUCAGCUUUUUGAAGUGAUACAAAGUCUGGAUUCGAUUGCAAGGGAAAUUUCUGCCUCUUUCGUGAUGAAGAGAAUUUUGAAGAUUUGA